CAAGGUCUAUCCGCCCUACAGAAAUGUACUGCUGCAAUUAGGCGUCUGGCAUAUGGUCUUGCAAACGAUGCGAUGGACGAAUACCUCCGCAUGGGCGGAACCACUGUGAGUCAAGCACUAGAGAAUUUUGUAGAUGGCAUAAUAAAUUUAUUCCAAGAUGAAUAUUUGAGGCGGCCUACACGUGAGGAUCUAGAACGAUUACUUCCUUCUGGAAAAGAACGCGGAUUUCCGGGAAUGGUAGGAAGCAUUGACUGUAUGCAUUGGGAGUGGAAGAAUUGUCCUACGGCUUGGAAAGGGCAGUAUUCACGCGGACAUGGAAAACCCACUAUCGUUCUAGAGGCCGUGGCAUCACAAGAUUUAUGGAUUUGGCAUGCUUUUUUUGGGGCUCCAGGUACGUGUAAUGAUAUAAAUGUUCUUGACCGCUCACCGGUGUUUGAUGAUAUAUUAGAAAGUCGAGCUCCACGACUCAGGUACGAAGUCAAUGGACAUCAAUACAACAUGGGUUAUUACCUCACAGAUGGUAUAUAUCCGAAGUGGGCAACAUUCAUCCAAUCAAUUACCCGCCCACAAGGACAGAAAGCAUCAUUAUUUGCUAGUUGUCAAGAAGCAGUGAGAAAAGAUGUCGAGCGUGCUUUUGAAGUCUUGCAGGCUCGGUUUGCUAUUAUUCGAAACCCAGGUCUGUUUUGGGAUAAAGAGCGAAUGGGCAAGAUAAUGAGAGCAUGUAUCAUAUUGCACAAUAUGAUUGUAGAAGAUGAACGAGACGAAGAUACCCAGUUCGAUUUAUCUGAUUUCGUAGAAGGCGAAGGAAGCGGGACUUCUCAAGUAGACAACUCUUUUUCUACAGAGACAGCUACAAAUGUGAACAAUUUGAUGGUCAAUCGAGCUCAAAUACGUCAUGAACAAACACAUCGACAAUUGAAAGAAGAUUUGAUUGAACAUAUUUGGCAAAAAUGGGGCGAAGGUAAUUGACUACAAGCGACUAAAUUAUUUUUAUCAUCAUGUUUUUUCAGUUUUUUUGAAUUUUAUGUUUUAUUUUGCUUAAGUAUA